AAGUCCGGAGAUGAAUCUGGGGCCUAUCGGGAAUAUGUCCGGAUUUCAAAUGCCGAUUUUAAAAAGGUUAUCUUAACAUCUUUACCACCUAUAUCCCACCUGCAUAGGCGUGUGGGUCACCGGUACAGAUAGAUAGUUUCGGUGACAGGUUAGUAGCACAGUUGCCUAAGAAAGAAGCAAUGGGGUCCCUAGCGUCCGAAAGCGACCUCUUCCUAGCGCCGGUCCCGCCCAAGGACACCGUCCUGAAUUUGCGGACGGGGAAGAUCCGAUCCCUAGGGGGCGUCAAGGGCCUCUUCUCCGCCAUCAACAAGCAGCCGCGACAGGGCCGCCUUCGUCUGGUGACCAACGGCUUUGUCGGCGACGAGCGGCAGUACGUCCCGCACCAGAGCGACGACAACGCGAUCCACCAGUACGACGCGCGGCACUACGAGGCGUGGAAGAAGAUCCUGCCGGACCGCGAGCACAAGUUCAAGGUCGGCGCCUUCGGCGAGAACCUGUCCACGGCGCACCUCUCGGAGUACAACGUCUGCGUCGGCGACAAGUUCCGGCUGGGCGAGGAAGCCGUCGUCCAGGUCACCAUGCCGCGGCAGCCGUGCUACAAGCUGAACCACAGGUUCGAGUACAAGAAGAUGUCCAGCCUGAUCCAGAGCAACGGGCGCACCGGGUGGUACUACCGCGUUUUGAGGGGCGGGGAGGUGCAGGUGGGCGAUGAGAUGGAAUUGCUGGAGCGCAUCAAUCCCACCUGGUCGCUUUCCAGGGUGCAGCGCAUUCUCUACAAGGACACGGGCGACCUGGAGGCGGUGGCGGAGAUAAGUAGGCUGGAGGGUCUCAGUAGAGAAUUCAUCAACCUCCUCCAGAACCGCCUCUCGAAGGGCACCGAGAACAUGAAUCUUCGUCUAUUGGGCGAUUUCACAGUUCCUUGGCGGCCAUAUAAGUUAGUUGACAAGGCUCGACUGACGCCCCGAGUGCAGAAAUUCGUAUUCCAGUCGGACGAUGCGAAUAUCGAGCCACAGGAUUUACAAUUUAGGCGGUUUCCUCACGUGCGCCUUCGAUUUGGUCCCGAUGCCAUGUUUACGAGGGCUUACUCGGUAGUUUCAGGAGACAUGAGGAGUUUCGAGCUAGGAAUCGCCAAAGAUGACAAUUCACGCGGCGGCUCUGCAUAUCUACACGACAAACUUGAGGUUGGCGAUGUUCUAGAAGUAGCCAAGGGGCACAACGCAACCAUAGACAUAAUGAACGGGAAUCAAGGAGUUGGUCGGAUUAGACAUGUGUUUAUUUUGGGCGGUAUAGGCGUCACGGCUUACAUCAGUGAAAUCAAGGCCCUGAGCAAGAAGUCUGCGGACCUCGAAAUACAUUACGCGGUCCGCAGUGGGGAAGAAGCUGCAUACGUCGAGCGUUUACCACCGGAUAGGACAACUAUCUACGCAAAGGAUGAGGGUCGACGAUUGGACGUCGCAGCUCUUGUCCCACCCCCAGACGACUGUAGGGAUGGAGGUAAGACCAUGGUGUAUUGCUGUGGUCCAACCACACUACUUACUAGCUGCCGUGACAUGACGACGAGGCUUGGCUACCCCCGGUCCCAGAUCCAUUUUGAAGAGUUCGGUAGCACCGCGACGGGUACGGGCGAUCCAUUUGAGGCGGAGAUCAAAGCUACUGGAGAGGUAUUCCAAGUACCUCGAGAGAAGUCUCUGUUGGAUGUCCUCAACGAGGCCGGCUUCGGCAUAGAUUCCUCCUGCCUGGUGGGGAACUGUGGGAUGUGUACAGUGGACGUGUGUAAGGGGAAGGUUGAACAUCAGGGGGUAGCUCUUGAAGAGGAACAGAAGGAGAGCAGCAUGCUGACAUGUGUCAGUCGUGGAAAGGGCAGAAUUGUGAUUGAUUGUUGAUUGGACCCAAUGUUGUAUUCAUAUGUUAGCGUAGCGUAUUUUGUUUAUACCGUUUUCGCUCGAGUUCAUGUAGAAGGAGAUGUAAUGUAUGGACUCUGGAGAGGUGCAGUAGUAUACUUACAGCCAGUAACCUACUAACCUACAUGUAGGUUAUAUGUAUGUAGGGUACCUAGUACAAUGUGGAAUGACACAUACAUACCGGAACCGAA